AUGGAAAACCCAUCAACCCAAAUACUCUUGGACAGCUCUCAAUCUCACCUGGCCAAGGCCCAAAUUGGAGUAAGUUCGCCUUUAGAAUCACCUAUCAAUUCUCAAGUCCCAUAGUAGCAGUUGUAGAGGUUUUCAGGUCUUGAGUUUCCAUGGCAACCCUGUUAUUAUGUAUUUUUUGAGCCACUGUAGAGGAGAGGUGCUUCCAACAAGAGAGGAAAUAACCUCCACUUCAGUCCCUAUGGCCUUUGAUGUAGAAACAGCUCUCCUAAUAGGAUUUUCAAGGUGCUGGUGAUUAGGACCUGACUUCAGCCUGACAUGGCUCACUCUCUCCACACUGUCCAUUUUCACAAAUCUCUCUUUGCUUUAUAUUAUGGAAGAGUUUAGGGAGACUUGUGACUCAUUGUCAUUGUUUUGAAUGGCCUCUGCUGUGGUAACAGGGAAAGGAGGAUAACACAAACUUUCCACUUUCAGAAUGCCUGGACAGUGGGUUAUGGAACCCCAGUCAACUCUGCUCAGAACUUAGUUUUGAUUUAUGGGAGGAAAGGUUGUUUGGCAGAUGACUAAUGACUCAGAGAUUAAAUGUUAAAUCUUCCACUGAAAAAGAUGGCCUCAAUCCCACAGAGACCCAGCAAAGGACGUUACACAUUAACAUAUAGCAUACAAGACAUGCAACGUUUUCUAGAAAGUAAUGCUAUUUUCAUCUGGAAUGAGUACACUCAUCUUUAGAGAACACAUAAUUCUGUCUUGAAUGCAUGCCUGCUCUUCUGCCGGGAAGUGUAUCAAAGUUCAGAUCUCUGGGAGUGAUUCUCAGCAUGCAUAACGAAUUAUCCAAUAAUUGUAGGAUGGUGUGAGAAAGUAGAAAAGCUGUUUGUUGCUGGAAAUACAUUGAGUGUUAAAAACAUUCGGAACACGUUCCUAAUAUUGAGUUGCACUCCCUUUUGCCCUCAGAACAGCCUCAAUUCAUCAGGGCAUGGACUCUACAAGGUGUUGAAAGCAUUCCACGGGGAUGCUGGCCCAUGUUGACUCAAAUGCUUCUCACAGUUGUGUCUAGUAGGCUGGAUGUCCUUUGGGUGGUGGACCAUUCUUGAUACACAUGGGAAACUGUUGAGUGGGAAAAACCCAGCAUCGUUGCAGUUCUUGACACACUCAAACUGGUGCACCUGGUACCUACUACCAUACCCUGUUCAAAAGGUAUGGGGUGGCAGGUAGCUUAGUGGUGAAGAGCGUUGUGCCAGUAACCGAAAGGUUGCUGGUUCUAAUCCCCGAGCCGACUAGGUGAAAAAUCUGUCGAUGUGCCCUUGAGCAAGGCACUUAACCCUAAUUGCUCCUGUAAGUCGCUCUGGAUAAGAGUGUCUGCUAAAUGACUAAAAUGUAAAGGCAUUUAUUUGUCUUGCCCAUUCACCCCCUGAAUGGCACACAUACACAAUCCAUGUCUCAAUUGUCUCAAGGCUUAAAAAUCCUUCUUUAACCUGUCUCCUCCCCUUCAUCUACACUGAUUGAAUUGGAUUUAAUACAGUUGAAGUCGGAAAUUUACAUACACUUAGGUUGGAGUCAUUAAAACUUGUUUUUCAACCACUCCACACAUUUUCUUGUUAACAAACUAUAGUUUUGGCAAGUCGGUUAGGACAUCUACUUUGUGCAUGACACAACUAAUUUUUCCAACAAUUGUUUACAGACAGAUUAUUCCAUUUAUAAUUCACUGUAUCACAAUUCCAGUGGGUCAGAAGUUUACAUACACUAAGUUGACUCUGCCUUUAAACAGAUUGGAAAAUUCCAGAAAAGGAUGUCAUUGCUUUAGAAGCUUCUGAUAGGCUAAUUGACAUCAUUUGAGUCAAUUGGAGGUGUACCUGUGGAUGUAUUUCAAUUCCUACCUUCAAACUCAGUGCCUCUUUGCUUGACAUCAUGGGAAAAUCAAAAGAAAUCAGCCAAGACCUCAGGAAAAAAUUGUAGACCUCUACAAGUCUGGUUCAUCCUUGGGAGCAAUUUCCAAACGCCUGAAGGUACCACGUUCAUCUGUACAAACAAUAGUAAGCAAGUAUAAACACCAUGGGACCACGCAGCCGUCAUACCGCUCAGGAAGGAGACGCGUUCUGUCUCCUAGAGAUGAACGUAUUUUGGUGCGGAAAGUGCAAAUCAAUCCCAGAACAACAGCAAAGGACCUUGUUAAACGGGUUCAAAAGUAUCUAUAUCCACAGUAAAACAAGUCCUAUAUCGACAUAACCUAAAAGGCCGCUCAGCAAGGAAGAAGCCACUGCUCCAAAACCGCCAUAAAAAAGCCAGACUACGGUUUGCAACUGCACAUAGAGACAAAUAUCGUACUUUUUGGAGAAAUGUCCUCUGGUCUGAUGAAACAAAAAUAGAACUGUUUGGCCAUAAUGACCAUCGUUAUGUUUGGAGGAAAAAGGGGGUGAGCUUGCAAGCCGAAGAACACCAUCACAACCGUGAAGCACGGGGAUGGCAGCAUCAUGCUGUGGGGGUGCUUUGCUGCAGGAGGGACUGGUGCACUUCACAAAAUAGAUGAGGAAGGAAAAUUAUGUGGAUAUAUUGAAGCAACAUCUCAAGACAUCAGUCAGGAAGUUAAAGCUUGGUCGCAAAUGGGUCUUCCAAAUGGACAAUGACGCCAAGCAUACUUCCAAAGUUGUGGCAAAAUGGCUUAAGGACAACAAAGUCAAGGUAUUGGAGUGGCCAUCACUAAGCCCUGACCUCAAUCCUAUAGAACAUUUGUGGGCUGAACUGAAAAGGCGUGUGCGAGCAAGGAGGCCUAGAAACCUGACUCAGUUACACCAGCUCUGUCAAGAAGAAUGGGCCAAAAUUCACCCAACUUAUUGUGGGAAGCUUGUGGAAGGCUACCCGAAACGUUUGACCCAAGUUAAGCAAUUUAAAGGCAAUGCUACCAAAUACUAAUUGAGUGUAUGUAAACUUCUGACCCACUGGGAAUGUGAUGAAAUAAAUAAAAGCUGAAAUAAAUCAUUCUCUCUACUAUUAUUCUGACAUUUCACAUUCUUAAAAUAAAGUGGUGAUCCUAACUGAUCUAAGACAGGGAAUUUGUACUAGGAUUAAAUGUCAGGAAUUGUAAAAACUGAGUUUAAAUGUAUUUGGCUAAGGUGUAUGUAAACUUCAGACUUUUAACUGUUAGUAACAUAAGGGAUCAUAGCUUUCACCUGGAUUCACCAGGUUGAAUGACUUCUAUUAGCAUUCUAAGUUACUUUCAUUAGUGCAGCUCCUGAGCUCUUUGGUCAGGCCGUUAUCGGUCUUCAAUACUUUGACGUGACCCAGCUCAGAGGCAUAAUGCAAUUGUCUCUGGAUUAACAGGGAAUUGACCAUAAAUCUGUUUGUCUCCUUUGGGGGUGUAAGAGAAUAUGCUGCCGUGGUGUGAUGUGAUUGUUCUCUGCAUGUGAGUAAGCAUGACAUCAAUUAUUGGUCAAGAUCUAACCUUUAUGUGUGUUUUGUUUAUCUCAGGUGGAUACUUUGGCAUCUGCACAAAGACUUGGACGUCAGAGACCAUCCAGGACCAUAACAGAUGACAUGCAGUCUCAGGUACAGGCAUUUUGACAUGCUUCUUAACUCACAAAUAAUUCAUAAUUUAAGACCACAGGAAGAGAGCUAGAUCCUUAGUAGAACUGAAUUAUAUGAAAGAAUAUAUUCAGGCAGACCCAAAGUAUUGAAGGUUUGCUAGAGAUGUUAAAAACAAAAAGAUUUUGCUGUGUCAGAGACAAUAAUUAUUAUCUUUGAAGUCUGUCUUGGCAGAGUUGGCAUGAACAGCACACAGAGGGAGGCCUUUUAAAGAUGCUAAACAACAAGGAAAAACACUAACACGUACAAGGUAGAAUGAAAAGAACAGCUAUUUAUGGACAGGCUAGAAUUUCCAUGAAAAUGCCCCAGUCCUGGCUCCACAAUGGCAUCUCUCUGAUUUAACUAGAUACAGUUUCACCCUGUGUGAGAGGCACAGGAACUUCCCAUGACCCCCAGAGUCCACACAGAGAAAGCUCAAACGCCACCCUUUGCAUUCAAACAUGCAGGAGUCGGAUAGGAGGGGUGGUAUUGGGCAGCAAGGAGGGGGGGGGGGGGGGGGGCAGAGAGCAGGGGAGGGCUUUGGAAGCAUCGCUAAUGCUGGUGCACUUUCACUACGGUCAACAUCAGCAACCCCUUUCCGACCCCCUCGGCCUGGGCCACGCCCCCUGGUUGGAGAAUACGCAGCACAGCUGAAUAGAUGGUUAAUGGGCUUAUAAUGUGCCUCUCAUAUUUCAGCCCCCUGGGUCCUGAUGGGCCCUUUCUCCAGCCUCUGCAAGGAAGAUGAAGUGGGUGGAAAAGCACUUCCUUCUGCUGCUCUGCUUUAAAUACAUUUGAGGCCUUUUCACCAGGAGCCCCACUGUUAGGGCCAAGUAGUGUCCAGAGAAAAACAAUGUGGUUAACAAGCUCACCUGACCUCCCUCAGAGAGAGAGAGAGAGAGAGAGAGAGAGAGAUUGAUUCACAGAGGGGUGAAGUGGUACCCAUUGAUGACAUGGCUGUGUUUAGAUAUAGUGUUCAACUGCCUCUCUCCUGUAGCAUCGUGUGGAAGUCCGGGACCAUCUGAACGGCUCUUGUAUCGUCUUCUCUGACGAUGGUCCCUCCUCCAGCCAGCAGCAUCACCUGUCCUUUCCAGACCUGACCCAGGAGGUGGUAGUCAUCUCCCCGGGGCUCCCCACGCCCCCUCUCAGCCCCUUCCGUUCCACAAGACUGCCACCUGUGGAGCAUAUUAAGGUAAGCAAUACUCUCAAGGAGAUACACCUGGUUAUUGUAGCACUCCAAUGAUAACAGCAGUUUGGCUGAGGUUGCUGGUUGGGUUAAGGUUUAGAGACCACAUGACAUAUUCAUCAGACAGCUGCUUCUCCCUGUGGAAUUGUCUAGUAUCACAGGUUCAAUGUUAUGCCACUGGAUUGGAAUGUACUGGAUAUUGAUAGAGGUCCUGUCUUUGUGUUGAAUAAUGCAAUACACACUAAGUUGUUGUUCAUUUUCCACAGAUAAUAGUCACAGUCAAACGCUUUCCAACUGAUGUUUAUAUUGGACUGACUGGGUUUCCAUCCUAGGUCUCAGAGGUCAAUGGGAGUGACCCUCUUACUGACCCCCUUCGUUUUGGAUCAUACUAUGGCCCUGCUCAAUCAAAUGGUAAGAUUAGAAUUGUCUUGAAAUGAUGAUAAUAUAGAGCAUCACAGUUUGAGUUUGAUUUAAAUAUGUUUUAUGUUUAAAGCUGCAAUAUGUAACUUUUUGGGCGACCCGACCAAAUUCACAAAGAAAUGAUUUGUUAUAGAUCUGUCAUUCUCAUUGAAAGUGUCACGUAUACUCCCCCGGCGCUCGAGGUCGCCAGUCUGCUGAUUAUUACGCUCACCUGUCACCAUUGUUACGCGCACCUGCGCCUCAUCAGACUCACCUGGACUCCAUCACCUUCCUGAUUACCUCCUAUAUAUGUCACUCCCUUUGGUUCCUUCCCUAGGCGUUAUUGAUUCUGUUCCUGUGUUUAGGUCUGUACGCUACUCUUGUUUUGGUUCAUGUUUUAUUUAUUUAUUUAUUUAUUUACCUGUACUUGCUUCCCAACUCCCAGCGUACACGUUACAGAAAGCAAGUCUAAGAAGCAGUAAAUCUGUUCUUUGUGCGCUAUUUCUAUGCUUCCAGUUCUUAAGUUUAGUUUUUGAGUCUUUUACUUUCGGUUUUGUACACCAGCUGAAAAUACAAUAUUUUUGGUACAGCGGUUUAGAUGGUACAAUGUUUCUCUGCACUAUACUUUCUUGUUUUGUCAGAUGAACUAUUAGAAUUUUAGCAACAAGGAAAUGGCGGAAUGAUUUCUGCAUAGUGCAUCUUAAAGUGAUGAAUGUGCAACGUUUUAUGGGAUCUUUGGUGCAAGAGAAGACUGAACACUCUGUAGUACCCUCAUGGGAGACAUGAAUGAUGCUGUAUGUGAUGUAGUCUCUUCACAGUGUUUUGGCCAAGUAGAGCAUAGGUUGAAUCUUGUGCUAAAAGAUUUUGUCAUAACUCUGUGUUUCAUAUGUCAAGGCUUUAUGUACCACUGAAGGACACCUCUUGUUUUAUAACCAGCUUCAAUCAAGCCUUUACAAUCAUGUUAUUAUCACCCUAAAAUAAAUUAUACGAUGUGGGGUAUUAACCACACAAAUAAUAAAAGUGUUUCAUAAAUGAAAACAAACUCCAAUUCACAGUGGCACUCUGUUGCCACCCAGUGGCACUGAUGGUGAAGACAGCUUGAAUGUUCAUACUGUUACUCAGCUGAAAUAUACAGUGGGGAAAAAAGUAUUUAGUCAGCCACCAAUUGUGCAAGUUCUCCCACUUAAAAAGAUGAGAGAGGCCUGUAAUUUUCAUCAUAGGUACACGUCAACUAUGACAGACAAAAUGAGGAAAAAAAAUCCAGAAAAUCACAUUGUAGGAUUUUUAAUGAAUUUAUUUGCAAAUUAUGGUGGAAAAUAAGUAUUUGGUCAAUAACAAAAGUUUCUCAAUACUUUGUUAUAUACCCUUUGUUGGCAAUGACACAGGUCAAACGUUUUCUGUAAGUCUUCACAAGGUUUUCACACACUGUUGCUGGUAUUCUGGCCCAUUCCUCCAUGCAGAUCUCCUUUAGAGCAGUGAUGUUUUGGGGCUGUCGCUGGGCAACACAGACUUUCAACUCCCUCCAAAGAUUUUCUAUGGGGUUGAGAUCUGGAGACUGGCUAGGACCUUGAAUACCAGCAACAACCUUGAAAUGCUUCUUACGAAGCCACUCCUUCGUUGCCCGGGCGGUGUGGUUGGGAUCAUUGUCAUGCUGAAAGACCCAGCCACGUUUCAUCUUCAAUGCCCUUGCUGAUGGAAGGAGGUUUUCACUCAAAAUCUCACGAUACAUGGCCCCAUUCAUUCUUUCCUUUACACGGAUCAGUCGUCCUGGUCCCUUUGCAGAAAAACAGCCCCAAAGCAUGAUGUUUCCACCCCCAUGCUUCACAGUAUGUAUGGUGUUCUUUGGAUGCAACUCAGCAUUCUUUGUCCUCCAAACACGACGAGUUCAGUUUUUACCAAAAAGUUAUAUUUUGGUUUCAUCUGACCAUAUGACAUUCUCCCAAUCCUCUUCUGGAUCAUCCAAAUGCACUCUAGCAAACUUCAGACGGGCCUGGACAUGUACUGGCUUAAGCAGGGGGACACGUCUGGCACUGCAGGAUUUGAGUCCCUGGCGGCGUAGUGUGUUACUGAUGGUAGGCUUUGUUACUUUGGUCCCAGCUCUCUGCAGGUCAUUCACUAGGUCCCCCCGUGUGGUUCUGGGAUUUUUGCUCACCGUUCUUGUGAUCAUUUUGACCCCACGGGGUGAGAUCUUGCGUGGAGCCCCAGAUCGAGGGAGAUUAUCAGUGGUCUUGUAUGUCUUCCAUUUCCUAAUAAUUGCUCCCACAGUUGAUUUCUUCAAACCAAGCUGCUUACCUAUUGCAGAUUCAGUCUUCCCAGCCUGGUGCAGGUCUACAAUUUUGUUUCUGGUGUCCUUUGACAGCUCUUUGGUCUUGGCCAUAGUGGAGUUGUAGUGUGAUUAUUUGAGGUUGUGGACAGGUGUCUUUUAUACUGAUAACAAGUUCAAACAGGUGCCAUUAAUACAGGUAACGAGUGGAGGACAGAGGAGCCUCUUAAAGAAGAAGUUACAGGUCUGUGAGGGCCAGAAAUCUUGCUUGUUUGUAGGUGACCAAAUACUUUUUUUCCACCAUAAUUUGCAAAUAAAUUCAUAAAAAAUCCUACAAUGUGAUUUUCUGGAUUUUUUUUCCUCAAUUUGUCUGUCAUAGUUGACGUGUACCUAUGAUGAAAAUUACAGGCCUCUCUCAUCUUUUUAAGUGGGAGAACUUGCACAAUUGGUGGCUGACUAAAUACUUUUUUCCCCCAUUGUAAUAGAAGAAUGAGGACAGUUUGAACUGCCUUUGAUAACAGACCUGUCCUCUCUCUCUGUGACAGGGGGUCUGUCUAAUGGAGUCCAGACCAGGGGCUCUUCCACUCUACCGCGGAGGGCUGCUACGAGGGAGGCGCGCCUUAUCAAGUUCUCUGGGAUCGGCCCAGUGGAUGAGACAGGGAUGCCCAUCGCCUCCAGAUCAGUAAGAUAAACAUAGCGUACAGCAGCAUUCGUCAGUGGAGCUCACGAGUCACUACACACAUAUGGCCCUAGGGCCCAGAGUUUUUCCUAAUUUGGUCACUCACACAGGAACAACUCCUUGGUCUGCUCCUUGUUGUCAUUUACAUGGAGCCAAAAUGUUCUCAUUUAUGUACUCUGAAACUUCUGAGUCUACAAACUUCUAUAAAUCAGUUUUUGUCAUGUUCCCUUCUUUUCUCACACCAGAGUGUGAACCAGCCUAAAGACUGGUACAGGAGCAUGUUCAGACAGAUCCACAAGAAGCCAGAAGGUAUGACCCCUCCUCCCUCUCCCCUUCUCUCUCACACACCAGCCCACACAGACAAUUCCUUUCUAACAAUGUCAGCUUCCAAAGAGCUGAUCCAGAGGGCAGAUUAUUCCAAGGAGAGGAGAGAAAGCUCAAGCCUUUGUGAUAUCUAUACCCAGUCAUUCCAACUUCUCCACAUAUCUACCUCCAUCCUACAUCUAUUCCUUCAUACCGGUCCUUAUCUCCAGUUGUAUACCAGUAGUCUAUUCCUGGUUAUGUGUAUGCAUGGUGGUAGUAACAGGCAGCACUCAGGUCCUCAGGGUGAGAUGACAGGAAUGUCCAGGAUGGAUCUGUGGCUUACUAUGAUUACUGUUAUCUAAAUCCCUGUCUCUCUUUGCUGUCUUUGCCCAUUUGAUAGAAACUUACGAGUACUCUGAGCGAUGGUCUGCUGAAAGUGAGUGAAGUGGAAAUAUCAGGUUUCAUUUUUCUGGACUGUAACAGAUCUACUCUGUAUAGAUGACCAGUCUUUCAUAACACUAAUUUCUACUGAUCCUCAGGGAGUCGGGCCCUCACUGCUGACUCAGCCAAUGGGCAGGAGACACUGACCCAUAUGGACAAUUAUGGAGCUCUCCCUGACUGGUGAGACUGAGAGAGACUGAUGACGAGGACUAGAAGAGUGCAUGUUCAACCCCCUUAUUUAAAACAACAGUAAAAUUCCUGUUGAGAAUUUUAGGAUGUGUUUGUUUCUACUACUGUAUAACCAUGACUAAGUUCACAGCACAUCAGAGGCAUAUGGUCAGUCAUUGUGAAACACGAGGUACGUGCAACUUUUGCCAACCUGGUAAUUGGGUGAAUGGCUAUAUGUGUGAAUUCCAACCCAGACCGAAGGCAAGGAGUGGGGGGAGAGACAAAAACAAGUGCCGGAUAGACAAGUUUGGAUCUGUUCCUACAGACACUGACAAUGAAACCAUGAUUAAGUUGUGUGUUUGUGUCCGCGUGUGUGUUGGGGAUUGUGUUUCAGGAGUGAGCUGGGGGUUGAAGAUAAGCUUUCAGACCGAUGGGGGCACCCUCCACAGCCCAGGAGCAUAUUUGACUUUGAGCCUGGACAGAGCACCACCUCAGAGGUCCAGAGCCAGGUAAAGCCUCACACUCUGUUUAAUUUAACACGGAGCAUUACUACACAAUGGAAUUUAGAUGGCACCUGGACAUUUGUGUUUGUAUUGAAAGGUUGCACUGUUGCACAUAUUUUCUUGGAGUUAGAUUCAAAAUUCCUGAUUGUAAAACAACUUGUUUCUCAUUGAAGUUUUCAAAAGAUUUGUGGCUUACCCUCAGAACUAUUGUUGUGAGUUUUCCUAUGUGCUGUAUUCACUAGUGUUGGGGUGGGCUGCCCUCAAGAGCUGCUUGUGGCGGCGUUCACCAAAUCUUUUUCCUAUUAGGAUUAGUGUCAACAUCCUGGAAUGCUUCUCAGUUGAGAGCACAAUGGAAAUAAUUAAUUUUUAAUGUAUGUAAUGCUGUCUCCAGCCGGAGCAGCCUACAACUUUUAAUGAUCCAAUCAAGCAUCUCACGGCAGGUAAUCAGGAACUUGUUAAUGCGGUCAUUGGUACAAUGGCACACCCACACCAGGUGUGUUCCGGUUUCCUUCUUAAUUUCGAGGUCUUUCCUCAAACAUUUUUUGGAACAAGCAAAAUAACAUGAAGAAAGUGUUUAUUUACCAUGAACUGCCGUGAACUACCAGGUGGUCAACAGUGUUAGUAUUGCUGUUUGUGAUGCAUGUGUUCCCUGGGUAACUUAUUCUUCCCUUACUAAAAUAAGUAAGGUAACUCUUUUAACUGCCCAUACGUGUGUGUGUGUGGUGUGUGUAUAUGUGGACCUGUGAGUACUGAAUGUCUGUUAAAAUACCUUGAGUGAUUUAGAGUGGACUGUGUUUGUCUGGGCUGAAGCUUUGAAUGGCUCUUGUCACCACGUCCCAGAUCUGGUACAAAUUGAGCCUGGCGUCUCAAAGUGGGAAGAAAAUAAAUCUUUGUUUCCCAUCUGCCAAAGUAGAGUCCCCCACGGGGCCCAGGCGUCUUGUGAUACUGAUUGUGCCUGUUAACCUCUUGUGGUGUGUAAUGCUUCACAGCGUGGAGGCUUAUUUCAUUUCCUCAGGAGGUCAUAGCCUGGAUUUCUCUAGAUUAGGUAGAAGUUAACUCACUGAUACAGGGUCAGAUAUCUUUUACAGAGUGGCUCUGCGGAUCCGACUUUUCUGGAUCCAUGUUUUUUUUGUUUUUUUCGGGGCUUAAAGGUCCUGAAGCUUCUGCGCAUGUGCAGAAUUCUCUACUUUGCGCACAGUCACUGCUCUACUCAUAGUAGAGAAAGGUGCUCCUUUUUCUUUCAUGCGGCCACAACUCAACAGUGCGGGCCAAAAAAGAUGUGCUUAGAUUGAAACAAAACACAGGUAUGCUACAGUUGGUGUUAACAAUCUGCUCUAAAAUUCGCCCACUGUACAUAAUUCGAAAAAACACUGUACAUAACUAAAAAGAUCUAAAUGCAUAUUCACAUGUAACUGAUUGAGAUCAAAUUGUUGUCAUGCAGAUGUUGCAUGGACGUGCAUGGAUGUUUCACCGGUAAAACUUGAAGAAUUAUCAUUCACGAUUGACAGUGAAAAUGUGAAAGGAGGGUGACCACAAAAAUGUGUCCAUAAAGUAGAGGUAAAGAAACACAUGAGCAGAACGUGAUACGGAUCUUUCCAGGGGAUCCAGGGGGGUGGGAAAGGCGGAACAUGGCGCUUACCUAUGGAUCCGCAGCCACAGCCUAUUUUUUAUCCCCCUAAUGGUUAAGAUUGGAGGUAGUGUAAUCUGAUCCUAGAUCUGUGGUUAGGUACAGACUACUCUCCAGCCUGUGUACAGAUAAUCACACAAUCAGAGAACACAGACCUACACUCCUAAGUGACAUCAUGGCCUGUGAUUCUGGUGAUGACUACUGGCUGAGAGAAUACUUUGUCUUUAACUGGAUCUCACUCUGCCAAGGCAUUUCAAGGAACAUGAAAAAGGGUUAGGAAGUUGAUGUCACGAUCGUUAUUAGAUGAGACGGACCAAGGCGCAGCGUGAUAAGCGUACAUCUUUAAUUAGUACUUAACACACGAACAAAACCAAAACAACAAACCAACGAUACAUGAAGUCCUGAGGUUACACACACCAAACCUUUACGGAUCAAGAUCCCACAAACUAACUGGUGCCAACAGGCUGCCUAAGUAUGGUCCCCAAUCAGAGACAACGAGCUACAGCUGCCUCUGAUUGGGAACCACCCUGGCCAACAUAGAUCUAAACGAUCUAGAACAAAAACAUAGAAAACUAAACAUAGAAAAAUCCACACCCUGGCUCAACAUUUAAGAGUCCCCAGAGCCAGGGCGUGACAGUACCCCCCCCCCCCCAAGGCGUGGACUGCGACCGCGCCACACAAACACAAGAGGGUAGGGGCCGGGUGGGCAUUCGGCCUCGGAGGCUGAUCCGGCUCCGGGCGUGACCACCACCUUUUCUCCACCUCCCCGUUGCGCCCCUGGUCUGGUCCCGCUGACGGGAGCUGGACCCGACCACGGUGGACCAAACCUUACCGGCUCUGGACUGGAGCCGCUGGCCGGAGCUGGACUGGACACCGGUGGAGCGGAUUGCUCUGGCUCCGGAGUGGAUCCGCUGACUGGAGUUGGACCGGACCCCGGUGGAGCGGAUUGCUCUGACUCCAGAGUGGAGCAGCUGACCGGUGCCGGACCAGGCACCGGUGGAACAGGCACGGGCCGUGUCGGACUGGACACACGCACCACUGGCUUGGCGCGGGGAGCAGGAACGAGCCGGACCGGGCUGACGACGCGCACCACUGGCUAGGUGCGGGGAGCAGGAACGGGCCGGACCGGGCUGACGACGCGCACCACAGGCUUGGUGCGGGGAGCAGGAACAGGCCGGACCGGGCUGGCGACGCGCACCACUGGCUUGGUGCGGGGAGCAGGAACAGGCCGGACCGGGCUGGCGACGCGCACCACUGGCUUGGUGCGGGGAGCAGGAACAGGCCGGACCGGGCUGGUGACGCGCACCACUGGCUUGGUGCGAGGGACAGGAACAGACCGGACCGGGCUGGCGACGCGCACCACUGGCUUGGUGCGAGGGACAGGAACAGGCUGAACCGGGCUGGCGACGCGCACCACUGGCUUGGUGCGAGGGACAGGAACAGGCCGGACCGGGCUGGCGACGCGCACCACUGGCUUGGUGCGAGGGACAGGAACAGGCCGGACCGGGCUGGCGACGCGCACCACUGGCUUGGUGCGAGGGACAGGAACAGGCCGGGCUGGACUGGGAACACGCACCACUGGCUUGGUGCGGGGAGCAGGAACAGGCCGGGCUGGACUGGGAACACGCACCACUGGCUUGGUGCGGGGAGCAGGAACAGGCCGGGCUGGACUGGGAACACGCACCACUGGCUUGGUGCGGGGAGCCGGAACGGGCCGGGCCGGACUGUGGAGGCGGACUGGAGGUCUGGAGCGGAGAGCUGACACAACCCGUCCUGGCUGAAUGCCUAUUUCCACACAAUAUGUGUGAGGCAUCAGCACAGGACGUAGAGGGCUGUGCACUCGUACUGGCGCUACAGCACGUGGCACUGGCGCAGGAUAUACGGGACCGAGGAGGCAUACUGGAGGCCACGAGCGUUGAGCCGGCACACCCCGUCCUGGCUGCAUGCCCAUCUUAGCACGACACGUGCGUGGUGCUAGCACCGGACGUACAGGACUGUGCCGGAACACUCGCGGCACAGUACGUGCCUCCGUAUAACACGGAGCCUGCCCAGUCUCACGCUUCCUAGCCUGAGUACGGGGAGUUGGCUCUGCUCUAACUCUAGGCUCUGCCAACCACCCUUUUAGCCCCCCAAAAAAAUUUUCUUGGGGCUGUCUCUCGGGCUUCCUCCUCGGCCGGUACCCUCUGCGAUGCUGCUGCUCCUCUCUGUAGCGCGCCUCCACAGUCUCCUCCCAAGGACGGCGAUCCAUUCCGGCCUGAAUCUCUUCCCAAGUCCAGGAUCUCUUCCCGUCCAGGAUCUCCUCUCAAGUCCAGGCUGUCUGUUCCUGGACACGCUGCUUGGUCCUUUUUUGGUGGGAUCUUCUGUCACGAUCGUCGACAGAUGAAGCGGACCAAGGCGCAGCGUGAUAAGCGUACAUUCUUUAUUUAAUAAACAUACUUAACACACGAACAAAAACAAUAAACCAAACGAUACGUGAAGUCCUAGGUUAUACACAAAACCUUACGGAACAAGAUCCCACAAAUGACUAGUGAAAACAGGCUGCCUAAGUAUGGUCCCCAAUCAGAGACAACGAGCUACAGCUGCCUCUGAUUGGGAACCACCCUGGCCAACAUAGAAAUAAACGAUCUAGAACAAAAACCACAGAAAACUAAACAUAGAAAAUCCACACCCUGGCUCAACAUCUAAGAGACCCCAGAGCCAGGGCGUGACAGUUGAAGGUUUCUUAAGAGUUUUUACCCUUUUAAAGUAGUGUAGCUUGAUGCAAUUAUUUCUGGCGUCAGUAACUGGGACAUACAGUAUGUCUUCUUAAUGAGGGAAUGAGUUCUGUUUCGUCUGGCUGUUACAUUGUUGUUGUGGAUGUAGAGUAAACGAAGUGGACCAGUUGGAUCAAAUGGGAGGGCUAUAAGUAACCUAUAAGGAUGUAACCGCUACAGUUGUUUACUGUUCUAUACGUCUACUAUAACCAACUGUUACAUAUCUUUAUGUUUUGUGUUUCCCAGCCUCAGGGUCAGCCGGAGCAGAAGCCCCAGCAGCCUCCCUUACAGCCGGCCCAACAGCCACCCCAGCACAGACCCACAGAAAAACCCUGGUCCCCCAUAGAGAAGCCGUCUAAGCCAUCCGCCUUCGAGGUGAGUGCUCACAGUGAUAUGAUAGCUGUCAUAACCUUGACCAUGAUGGCCAAGUGCAGUGAUUGUUUUAAUGAGCUAGCAAAGAAUAAGGAAAACUUAGCAUGGACAGAUUGAAUCGUACCAAGAGUAUGCAAUUAUGGAGCCAACAAUAACUUAGAGAAUUACUGUAUUCAGUGGCACACUACAUGACUAAAAGUAUGUGGACACCUGCUCAUCGAACAUCUCCUUCCAAAAUCAUGGGCAUUAACAUGGAGUUGGUCCCCCCUUUGCUGCCAUAACAGCCUCCACCCUUCUGGGAAGGCUUUCCACUAGAUGUUGGAACAUUUCUGCGGGGACUUGCUUCCAUUCAGCCACAAGAGCGUUAGUGAGGUCGGGCACUGAUGUUGGGCAAUUAGGCCUGCGGUCCGUAUUGACCCUGUUCUGGGUCCGGAUCUGGUCCACGGUCCGCCAGUUUUGUAUGGAGGCUCUAGCGUUAAGAUUUCCCUUCACUGGAACUAAGGGGCCUAGCCCAAACCAUGAAAAACAGCCCCAGACCAUUAUUCCUCCUUCACCAAACUUUACAGUUGGCACUAUACAUUGGGACAAGUAGCGUUCUCCUUUCAUCCCCCAAACCCAUAUUCGUCCGUCGGACUGCCAGAUGGUGAAGUGUGAUUAAUCCCUCCAGAGAAUGCGUUUCCACUGCUCCAGCAUCCAAUGGUGGUGAGCCUUACACCACUCCAGCCGACGCUUGCCGUUGCGCAUGGUGAUCUUAGGCUUGUGUGCGGCUGCUCGGCCAUUGAAACCCAUUUCAUGAAGCUCCCGACGAACAGUUCUUGUGCUGACGUUGCUUCCAGAGACAGUUUGGAACUCGGUAGUGAGUGUUGCAACAGACUAUUUUUUUGCGCUACGCACUUCAGCAGUCGGCGGUCACGUUCUGUGAGCUUGUGUGGCCUACCAUUUCGCGGCUGAGCCUUUGUUGCUCCUAGACGUUUCCACUUCACAGUAAUGACACUUACAGUUGACCGGGGCAGCGCUAGCAGGGCAGAAAUUUGACAAACUGACUUGUUGGAAAGGUGGCAUCCUAUGAUGGUGCCACGUUGAAAGUCACUGAGCUCUUCAGUUAGGCCAUUCUACUGCCGACGUUUUGUUAUGGAGAUUGCAUGGCUGUGUGCUUGAUUCCAUACACCUGUCAGCAACGCGUGUGGCUAAAAUAGCCGAAUCCACAAAUUUGAAGGGGUGUCCACAUACUUUUGUAUAUAUAGUGUUUAAUUUGACUGAUUAAUUCCUUCCAUCCACCAUGCUGCAUUGGCCAGGAGUCUCUGCUCUCUGAGCUGAGCUGUUUUGAGGCUGAGCUGGACUCGGACAUCCAGGGCCUGGAGAGGAGGCUUUCCCAGAAGAAACAGACUCGGCGAGGCUGGGGUGAGGUACUGAGGCCCAUCUUGUGACUCUGCUGAAGCAACACUCCUCCCUGCUACCCUGCCUGUAACCCCCUCCUCUCUCUCACACUCCUCUAGCAAUGAGGUCUGGUUACUUGCAUGUAUAAGUCAAUAUCAUAAAUCCCUGUUAUCAUAAGCAGGGCUUAUCCAAAGACAGCGUCAUAACUUUUCUGUGUUACAAUACAGGAAUAAGACUUCUCCAAUCAUAUACCAGAACCGUCACCUAGUUUCAAUAGACUAGUCUAUAUCUGUUAUUGUUGAUGACAGUCCCUUCCAGCUAUGGAGCAUCUCCCCUCCUGUGAGGACUGUUUGAGACAGACAGCCCUGCAUGCCAACCCUGACACUGCCCUGUGACCCUGCUCACACCCCCAGGACAUGCCUGCCGGCCUUGCACUUGAAUGUGUCUGCCUCAAAUCACAUGCCUCCAAACCCCCCACAAAUCUAAAUCUGCUUGCAAAUCCAACAAGCAUUUGUUAGAUUUUUCCCACUCGCUUUCAGAAGAAAUGGAGGUUCAGUUCAAUGAAGAACUUAACUGUUUGCCGCACUACUUGUAUGCCUUGUAUGUGUUUGCUGAAUUCAAAGAUUUGAUUUCACUCUUCAAAUGUUGAUGCUGAUUCUCUUCACAACCUUAAUUUGCACCUCAUCUAAUCAUCAGCUGUAUGUGGUUGUUACUCCUCAAUCAAAGAUACCACAGAUAAAAAUACCGUUAUCAAUCUUAUCAUUGUAUUCAAAGGAGUGUAGGACCCAGGGGAAUUCUCUCUUCCUCUGGCUCCUUUGGGAGUGGUCACCGCCUUUGCUCUGUCUAAGUAUCUGUGAGAUUUCCUCCAAGAGAGAACAGCCUUCAAUGUGAUCUCUGCUUCCAGGGCGCCAGGAAUGCUGAUCCAGGAACUGCUGCAGGGACAGGGACAACACGGGACAACAGGUGAGUUAUGAGUCGGGGUCGGCACAAAGCUGUGGCUCUGUGUGUUGGUGUGAUUGUACAUACAAUGUUUUUUUAAAUCCCAAACAGUAAAACUAUGUCUCAAGUUGUACAGGGUAGGUCAUUGGUUGUAGCUGUAUCACUUUCCUGAUGUUGUGAAAUAUGUACAGGGAUUAUUGUCGAUUCAGGAAACAGUUAUUAUACUGUUCAUUGUUGCAUACUGCUACUAUAGUUAUUGAUAUGUGUCCUCAAAACCAUGUCAUUCACACUCCAUUAUUUGAUUUGCUCAUAACAGAGGGGAUAUUUACUCCGCAAAUAUUUUAGCCUCUCCAAUCAUUGAGGCCAUUCUUGUGCUUUUUUUAAAUCCAUAAAUAUCUGCCAGUUGGUCUCUGACAUUAAUUGUGCUUUGUUUUCAGACCAUAAAAGUAUUUUACAACUUUAUUGUCCCACAAAGGCAACACAUUUCUGACACCUCAUACCACUUGGCUAUGAGUAACAAAUCCACCUGUUGUUUCUAUAAAAUACACGUCAAUGGCAUUGAGACUUUUACUUGGUCAUUACAGUUGAAUGACUGAUGCGUUUUCAAUGACUAAGCAUCUACAAGUCUGUUUACAACCAUUUGGAUUGCUGUUGUCUUGGUACUAAUGGGUGAAACCCACUCGGCACACACUGGUUGAAUCAAUGUUGUUUCCACAUCAUUUCAAUUACAUUUCGCUGAACCCACGUGGAAUUGAAGUCUGUGCCCAGUGGGGACCCUCUUCCUUUGGCUUGUAUCUGUGUCUGUGCACUGGCAGAUUUGUAAUUGAAGAGUCUAUAGACCAUGGCUUGAUAACCAGUGCAGACAGAUGAAGCAAGUCUUGAAAACUAAAUUCAAAUUAUUGCAGUCAAUGCCUUUUUGCAGGCAUGUGAAAUAACCAUCCUACAGUAAUUAGGAACAAAACAGUUUCUAAAAGAUAAUCCAAUUCAGAAUCUUGUGACUUUCUAAAGAUAUCCUUCAGAAUGAUUCCAGAUUGCACUGUCAAUGUACAGCAUGGAGCCAGUGUGAGCUGCAGAGGGAGGUAACACCAGGACAGGUUAAUGGUUGAACCCCUGGCCUAACUCCCAUGUUCUUAAUCUUGUCCAUCUCACUACUGUUGCCAUAAAUUAGUCUUUACAGUCAUUGGUUCCCUAUUAGUUAAGACAUGAAAAAACUUGGCAAAGUAACUGUACUCUUGCUGCCUAGACACUUAUAGAAUACUUAAGUUGAGCUACAGUGGGGAAAAAAAGUAUUUAGUCAGCCACCAAUUGUGCAAGUUCUCCCACUUAAAAAGAUGAGAGAGGCCUGUAAUUUUCAUCAUAGGUACACGUCAACUAUGACAGACAAAAUGAGGAAAAAAAUUCCAGAAAAUCACAUUGUAGGAUUUUUUAUGAAUUUAUUUGCAAAUUAUGGUGGAAAAUAAGUAUUUGGUCAAUAACAAAAGUUUCUCAAUACUUUGUUAUAUACCCUUUGUUGGCAAUGACACAGGUCAAACGUUUUCUGUAAGUCUUCACAAGGUUUUCACACACUGUUGCUGGUAUUUUGGCCCAUUCCUCCAUGCAGAUCUCCUCUAGAGCAGUGAUGUUUUGGGGCUGUCGCUGGGCAACACGGACUUUCAACUCCCUCCAAAGAUUUUCUAUGGGGUUGAGAUCUGGAGACUGGCUAGGCCACUCCAGGACCUUGAAAUGCUUCUUACGAAGCCACUCCUUCAUUGCCCGGGAGGUGUGUUUGGGAUCAUUGUCAUGCUGAAAGACCCAGCCACGUUUCAUCUUCAAUGCCCUUGCUGAUGGAAGGAGGUUUUCCACUCAAAAUCUCACGAUACAUGGCCCCAUUCAUUCUUUCCUUUACACGGAUCAGUCGUCCUGGUCCCUUUGCAGAAAAACAGCCCCAAAGCAUGAUGUUUCCACCCCCAUGCUUCACAGUAGGUAUGGUGUUCUUUGGAUGCAACUCAGCAUUCUUUGUCCUCCAAACACGACGAGUUGAGUUUUUACCAAAAAGUUCUAUUUUGGUUUCAUCUGACCAUAUGACAUUCUCCCAAUCCUCUUCUGGAUCAUCCAAAUGCACUCUAGCAAACUUCAGACGGGCCUGGACAUGUACUGGCUUAAGCAGGGGGACACAUCUGGCACUGCAGGAUUUGAGUCCCUGGCGGCGUAGUGUGUUACUGAUGGUAGGCUUUGUUACUUUGGUCCCAGCUCUCUGCAGGUCAUUCACUAGGUCCCCCCGUGUGGUUCUGGGAAUUUUGCUCACCGUUCUUGUGAUCAUUUUGACCCCACGGGGUGAGAUCUUGCGUGGAGCCCCAGAUCGAGGGAGAUUAUCAGUGGUCUUGUAUGUCUUCCAUUUCCUAAUAAUUGCUCCCACAGUUGAUUUCUUCAAACCAAGCUGCUUACCUAUUGCAGAUUCAGUCUUCCCAGCCUGGUGCAGGUCUACAAUUUUGUUUCUGGUGUCCUUUGACAGCUCUUUGGUCUUGGCCAUAGUGGAGUUUGGAGUGUGACUGUUUGACGUUGUGGACAGGUGUCUUUUUAUACUGAUAACAAGUUCAAACAGGUGCCAUUAAUACAGGUAACGAGUGGAGGACAGAGGAGCCUCUUAAAGAAGAAGUUACAGGUAUGUGAGAGCCAGAAAUCUUGCUUGUUUGUAGGUGACCAAAUACUUAUUUUCCACCAUAAUUUGCAAAUAAAUUCAUAAAAAAUCCUACAAUGUGAUUUUCUGGAAUUUUUUUCCUCAUUUUGUCUGUCAUAGUUGACGUGUACCUAUGAUGAAAAUUACAGGCCUCUCUCAUCUUUUUAAGUGGGAGAACUUGCACAAUUGGUGGCUGACUAAAUACUUUUUUUCCCCACUGUAUAUACCUUUAACAAGUUGAAGUCCAAUAUUUGUCAGUUCAAGAGGGCACCUUAUCUAGUGUAAUACAUUCUUAGACAGUUUUUCUCCUAGUUGUUGUUUGCUAAACUGAGCUUAUAUGUUUUGGCCCAGCGACCCCCUUCCUAUCUCGAGGCCUCAGGGGCCAGUUACCACGCCGGUUGCUAAGGAGAUGUAAAAUGGAAACAUACAACAGUAAGAAUAUGGCAGGUUUUUACUGCUUCCUGUUGUCCUGGCCUCCUGCUUGGCUGCAGCCAGCUGCCAGACUCUGACCGGAUCAACAGACAGGUGUGAUGCCUCUCUGUCACUGUGUUUAUCUGGUUCAGACAGUGGACAACUGUUUACUGAUCUAAUGCACUUUCUCUGAUACAUGUUUGUUUAAUAAUAACAGUUAUUUGCUCAUGCUGCUAUGGUUUUUAACUUCAACUUUAUUGGAAGACCCUGGAUGAUGUUUCCCUGUCAUUUCAACAUGGUAAUAAUGUCAGUGAUUAUGAUGAUGACUAUAAGUUCCCCAGAGUCUCCUCUCUCAUGCUUGAGUCAUCUGAUUCUGCAUCUGUUUCAUCUUUAUUUGCUCUUUACAUGCAAACCAGCAGCUGUGGCCAGAGGCCAAGUCAGCAUGACAAAUGUGUCUACUUCAGCACACAGCACUCUGUCCUCUCAUAUAGUGUGGAGCUCCACCAUGUGGGCUGUUAAUAUUUGGAAAGAUCUCAUUGACAGGAGUUUGUGGGAGCAUACAGACAUAAAGUAAACAUGCUAUCUUUUUCUGUGAUUUUUUUUCCAGCUCCUUGACUGAUGCAAAGCAACCUCUCCAUCGUCCCAUUGUCCCCACAUCAGCUGUUGCUCAGAGGGAAGCCCUCAGUCCCACACAUGGUAAGGUUAGGAGUUGAUCCUGGAUCCAAACCUUACAAGAAAACCUUCAAUCAGAAAGAGUGGUGCUAUGGAUAGGCCACUCAACAUGCAGUCUCAGUAAAAUGGCUCAGUAAAGACUAGUAACAGUAGGUUGGACAUAAUAGUACUAUGUACUUGAAUGCUGUAAUAGGACUUGCUUAAUUUAAAAGUGGGUAAUGUACAUAAUGUAAUGUAUAUACUGUAGUGUACUGUAUAUAAUCUAAUCAGUGAAAAGUCCAUGGAAAAACAGCCUCUACUAAUGGAAUACAGUAAUUCAAUAUGGGACUAUUGUUGAAGUCUUGUGAUUCCUUGUGAUUUCCUGUAGUCUUGUUUCCUGAUCUGUUUGAUAUGAAACUGAUCUGGGUUAGUGAGAGGAGAGGUUUCUUACUUUUAGUAUGGAAAGAUCUGUAGUAUUAGGGUGGGAAGGAAGCACAAAAAAAUAGGAACUGCGGGCCGGAAGUCUUGAUUAUAGAUUAGCUUUACCAAACUGUUUUUCUUGGAGAUUAGUCCAAGAGCCGGCCCAAAAGUUUGGCUUCUUUAAUAACCUUUUACUUCAGUGGGCUAAAUCAGGGUCACACAGAGUGUUUCUUGGUAGUCUUAAACAAAUCUACUUUAAACAAAAGUAUAGACCUCACACACAUGGUUAUGGGCUUACAAAAAAUAAGACACCUGUACCAUGUCAGAUAUAGAGUUGAAAUGUAUUCAAUUUUGAGUUUACAUCCAAAUAUUUAUAUACAGAAAUAACAAAAUUGUUUGACAUAGAAACACUGGAUUUGUUAUUUGUUAUUAUGAAAUUAUGACAAAUAUUAAUAACAUUCCACCCUUGAGGCCACUAGGUCAUUUGACUACAGGAAAGGGCUACAAUAACAUACAUUCAAUUGGAGAGGAUUUGUUCAAUGUUUACAUAUCUUCCCAUUGACUUGAUAUAAUUACACUCUGAAAGAAACAAAAGCUGGAUUGGGAGGCUUUACAAAAUAUCCUGAUGAACAUUGUGAUUCUGCUACAAGUCAUGUAAAAGGACCCAUGAGCACCAACAUGUGAAGUUCAUUUGAGCAUGUCAAAUGAAAGCUAAUAAUCUAUAUUUUAGAGAAAUUAAGGCAAUUAUACAUAGAUGUCCAUGAUUGGUUCAGAUUUGGUCCAGACCAGACCAAAUCUGAACCAAUCAUAGACGUCUGUGUUUCACAAGUUUGGACAGCACAGCACAGCACAGUAAAGAAAAGUAGAGUAUAGUCCUGUACUGUAAUGUACUGUAAUGUAAUGUAGAAUAUAAUGAAGUAGAGUUCAGUACAGUACACAGUAGAGCAAACUAGAGUUGAGGACACUAUAAUGUACUGUACUGAACUAUACUCUACUUUACUGUACUGAACUGUACUCUACUGUAUUGAACUCUACACUACUCUACUGUUCCGUGCGGUAGUUUUUGGAAAACGUGGUCAUAUAAAAAACUGAGGGAGAUUUACCGAAAUUCUGUUACCAAACUUUGCAUCUACACAGUUCUUCCAGUAAAUGUGUUUUUGGAAAAUGUUCAGUGUAAAUGGUUAAAAGUAGUCCUUGUGCAUAGAGUUAUUUGGUUUGUUAAACUUUUAAAUAAAUGAUUUUUGGCAUACAUUUAAAGUAAAAAAUCUGAGUCUCAGUGCAAUUCUGUUACCGUGGAAUGCCCUACACCCUUUUGACCCAUCUGUCUUGUUUCCUCACUAAUCCCUAUGUUUCUCUCCACCUCCUCAUGCUGUUCUACAGUAGAACGCCUCUCCCCUGCACCUGAAGCCAUGGAGUUCCCACCCAAGAGACAAGAGAAGCAGGUAAAUAUAUUUCUCUUUCUUGGUGUGGGAUAUCCAACUACUAUAGGUACCUGUGUAUAUUGUACACAAUGUCAGAAAAUUGUGAAAAUUGAUCUAUUAUAUUUGAGGAGUAGGCUUUAGUGCUUUAGCUUUUGUGCUCUGAAAGGAAUCUGUAUGUAUUAACAUACUUUUGGCCAUGCAGUGUAUGUGGACACCUGCUCGUUAAACAUCUCAUUCCAAAAUCAUGGGCAUUAAAUACCCCCUUUGCUGCUAUAACAGCCUUCACUCUUCUGGGAAGGCUUUCUACUAGAUAUUGGAACAUUGCAGCGGGGACUUGCUUCCAUUCAGCGACAAGAGCAUUAGUGAGGUCGGGCACUGAUUUUGGGCGAUUAGGCCUGGCUCGCAGUCAGCGUUCCAAUUCAUCCCAAAGGUGUUCGAUGGGGUUGAGGUCAGGGCUCUGUGCAGGCCAGUCAAGUUCUUCCACAACGAUCUUGACAAACCAUUUCUGUAUGGACCUUGCUUUGAGCACGGGGGCAUUGUCAUGCUGAAACAGGAAAGGGCCUUCCCCAAACUGUUGCCACAAAGUUGGAAGCACAGAAUCGUUUAGAAUGUCAUUGUAUGCUGUAGUGUUAAGAUUUUCCUUCCUUCCUUACUUAGGGGCCUAGCCCGUAUCAUGAAAAACAGCCUCAGACCAUUAUUCCUCCUCCACCAAACUUUACAGUUGGCACUAUGCAUUAUUUUUAUUUUUUUAACCUUUAUUUAACCAGGUAAGCCAGUUGAGAACAAGUUCUCAUUUACAACUGCGACCUGGCCAAGAUAAAGCAAAGCAGUGCGAUAAAAACAACAACAACACAGAGUUACAUAUGGCAUAAACAAAAUGUACAGUCAAUAACACAAUAGAAAUUGUAUAUACAGUGUGUGCAAAUGUAGUAAGCUAUGGAGGUAAGGUAGUAAAUAGGCCAUAGUGCAAAAUAGUUGCAAUUUAGUAUUUUAGUUUUCUUCUUUUUUUUUUUUUUUUUUGGGUGGUGGGGUAGAUCAGCUUAAUAUUGCAGAUAGAUUGUAACUUCCAUCAAUGUAAUUGUCUGCAUCACUUCCAAUCCCCCAUGUUUUUUUUAUUUAUAUAUAUAUAUAUAUAUAUAUAUAUAUAUAUAUAUAUAUAUAUAUAUAUAUAAUAUAUAUAUAUAUAUAUAUAUAUAUAUAUAUAUAUAUAUAUAUAUAUAUAUAUAUAUAUGUACAGUGGGGAAAAAAAGUAUUUAGUCAGCCACCAAUUGUGCAUGUUCUCCCACUUAAAAAAAUGAGAGAGGCCUGUAAUUUUCAUCAUAGGUACACGUCAACUAUGACAGACAAAUUGAGAAAUGUUUUUCCAGAAAAUCACAUUGUAGGAUUUUUAAUGAAUUUAUUUGCAAAUUAUGGUGGAAAAUAAGUAUUUGGUCACCUACAAACAAGCAAGAUUUCUGGCUCUCACAGACCUGUAACUUCUUCUUUAAGAGGCUCCUCUGUCCUCCACUCGUUACCUGUAUUAAUGGCACCUGUUUGAACUUGUUAUCAGUAUAAAAGACACCUGUCCACAACCUCAAACAGUCACACUCCAAACUCCACUAUGGCCAAGACCAAGAGCUGUCAAAGGACACCAGAAACAAAAUUGUAGACCUGCACCAGGCUGGGAAGACUGAAUCUGCAAUAGGUAAGCAGCUUGGUUUGAAGAAAUCAACUGUGGGAGCAAUUAUUAGGAAAUGGAAGACAUACAAGACCACUGAUAAUCUCCCUCGAUCUGGGGCUCCACGCAAGAUCUCACCCCGUGGGGUCAAAAUGAUCACAAGAACGGUGAGCAAAAAUCCCAGAACCACACGGGGGGACCUAGUGAAUGACCUGCAGAGAGCUGGGACCAAAGUAACAAAGCCUACCAUCAGUAACACACUACGCCGCCAGGGACUCAAAUCCUGCAGUGCCAGACGUGUCCCCCUGCUUAAGCCAGUACAUGUCCAGGCCCGUCUGAAGUUUGCUAGAGUGCAUUUGGAUGAUCCAGAAGAGGAUUGGGAGAAUGUCAUAUGGUCAGAUGAAACCAAAAUAGAACUUUUUGGUAAAAACUCAACUCGUCGUGUUUGGAGGACAAAGAAUGCUGAGUUGCAUCCAAAGAACACCAUACCUACUGUGAAGCAUGGGGGUGGAAACAUCAUGCUUUGGGGCUGUUUUUCUGCAAAGGGACCAGGACGACUGAUCCGUAUAAAGGAAAGAAUGAAUGGGGCCAUAUAUCGUGAGAUUUUGAGUGAAAACCUCCUUCCAUCAGCAAGGGCAUUGAAGAUGAAACGUGGCUGGGUCUUUCAGCAUGACAAUGAUCCCAAACACACCGCCCGGGCAACGAAGGAGUGGCUUCGUAAGAAGCAUUUCAAGGUUGUUGCUGGUAUUCAAGGUCCUAGCCAGUCUCCAGAUCUCAACCCCAUAGAAAAUCUUUGGAGGGAGUUGAAAGUCUGUGUUGCCCAGCGACAGCCCCAAAACAUCACUGCUCUAGAGGAGAUCUGCAUGGAGGAAUGGGCCAGAAUACCAGCAACAGUGUGUGAAAACCUUGUGAAGACUUACAGAAAACGUUUGACCUGUGUCAUUGCCAACAAAGGGUAUAUAACAAAGUAUUGAGAAACUUUUGUUAUUGACCAAAUACUUAUUUUCCACCAUAAUUUGCAAAUAAAUUCAUUAAAAAUCCUACAAUGUGAUUUUCUGGAUUUCUUUUUCUCAUUUUGUCUGUCAUAGUUGACGUGUACUACAGGCCUCUCUCAUAUUUUUAAGUGGGAGAACUUGCACAAUUUGUGGCUGACUAAAUACUUUUUUCCCCCACUGUAUAUACACACAUAUACAUAUACACACAUAUAUACACACACAUACACACCCACAUACAUACAUACAUACACAUACAUAUCCUUUAAAUAUAUAUAUAUAUUCCCCUUUAUUACUUUCCAACCCCGCCACCCUUUCCCCACUUGGAGUAAACUAGUGAACAACAACGCCUAGGCCUCUACUUCCAGCCCAUACCCACUAUCUACAUUUUAUGGACACAGUCAAUUUUACAAUAAUUACAUUUUGUUUGUUCUUUCUCCUGAACUUCUUCUACUCUCAACCUCUCCGAUCAUUUUCAUGAUGUCCAUCCGGUUUGCUUCUAUAUGCCAUAUCUUUCUAACUGUGCUCCUUCACAACAGCUUCCAACCUACAACCCAUACACUUAUUAUGGACACAGCGUGCCUACAUUAUUAGUUAUCUUGUUGUUGUUAGUUGUUAUUAGUCCCAUCCUUCAAUUCCAUUCAACAUCUCCCAUCUAUCUUUUAACACCAUUCAUAUAGGAUUUCUAUUUGCCAUAUAUAUUUCAACUGUACUGUGAUGUCUUACAAAUGUUCUGAACCUUUCUAUUCUCAUUGUUUCUACAGAUUGUGAAUUGAAAAUAAACAUUUUUGCUAAUAGUAUUAUUAUGUUAUUGAUCGAUUGACUAUGACUUUUUAGAUCACCCAGUAGUGCUAUCUGCAGGGUUAGCUCCAGGUAAAUAUUGCAAUCCUUUAGCCAUUCCUGGACCUGUGUCCAAAAACAAGCUACAAAUGGACAGUACCAAAACAAAUGAUCUAAUGAUUCUGUCUCUUCGCAGAAAAAUCUGCAGAGCUGGGAAGAUUGUAUCCCCCAUAUAAAUAACAUUCUAUUGGUAGCAAGAAUUUUAUAUAAUAAUUUAAAUUGAAAGAUUCUAAGUUUUGAAUCCGGUGUCGUUUUGCGUAUCAGUUCAUAAACACUAUGCCAUGGGAUCGGUACGUCAAAAAUCUCUUCCCAACUAUUUUGCAAUCUAUAUGGGACGGCUGUCAAUCCUUUGGUCCUUAAAUGAAACUGAUAUACUUUUUUAUUUAUCACAGUUUUCCUUAACCAAUUAUGUUCUUUAAUGCAAGGCCGGCAGACAAGUUCCUUACUUUCUCCUCCUUCCACUUUCCUCUUCCAUUUUUGCGGUAAGGCUGCAAUUAUUUGGUUGUAAUUUUGGAUAGAGCAGACAUUUCCAUAUGUUUUUGUUAGCUGCAUGUGCGACAUAACUCCACCAGUCCUACCGAUGAUAUCAUUUACAAAGAUUAUACCUUUUUUAAACAUUUUGUCCAAAAAAAAAGUUUUUGGGUCAAUUAGUAUAUUUGAGUUUAACCACAAUAUUUGUUGGAUUAUUUGUUCUGUCGUUUCUGGAGGAUUAAAUUGAAAUUGCAACCAACUUUGUAUGUCUUGUUUUAGAAAUAGUGAUAUCUGGGAGAUUAUUUCCUUUUCAAAUAACUGAAAGUGAGUGGUUGUAAUCUGAAUAAAGGGAAAAAGGCCAUUCUUGAACAUUGGGUGAGACAAUCUUACUAAUUUGCUAGAGAACCAGUUCGGAUUUAAGUAUACCUUUUGUAUGACUGAAGCUUUUAGUGAUAGGUCUAAUGCUUUAAAUAUUUAAUAAUUUCUGUCCUACGAAUUCAUAUUCAUUAUAUGAAUAGGCCCGUUUAAUUUUGUUUGGCUUGCCGUUCCAAAUAAAAUUGAAUAUUUUUUUCUUAUAUAAUUUAAAAAACAGUUCGCUAGGCGUAGGCAAGACCAUAAGCAAAUAGGUAAACUGGGAUAAUCAGGGUGAUUUUUUUCACAAAUUGAAAGGCACCCACCUUUCCAUGGUAGCAAGAUCUUAUCUAUUUUUGCUAACUUUCUAUUAUAAUUUAUUGAAGUGAGAUCAUUUAUUUCCUUUGGGAAAUGUAUUCCGAGUAUAUCCACAUCACCAUCAGACCAUUUUAUCGGUAAACUACAUGGCAAUGUAAAAAUUGUAUUUUUUAUUGAUCCAAUACGUAAUAUAGUACAUUUGUCAUAAUUUGGUUGUAAUCCAGAGAGGUUAGAAAAUGUAUCUAUAUCCUCUGAGGCUGUGGAGUGAUUCUAGUUGUGAAUUUAAAAGAAAACUUGAAUCAUCAGCGUACAAUGACACCUUUGUUUUUAAGCCCUGGAUUUCUAAUCCCCUGAUCUUAUUGUUGGAUCUGAUUUUAAUAGCUAACAUCUCGAUGGCCACAAUAAAUAGAUAUGCCGAUCGUGGACAACCUUGUUUCACUCCUCUUGACAGUUUAAAACUUUCUGAGAAAUAGCCAUUAUUUACUAUUUUACACCUAGGGUUACUAUACAUGAUUUUGACCCAUUUUAUAAGAGAUUCACCAAAAUUGAAAUGCUACAAUUUAGUAUUAACACUGGAAUGAUAGAUGUGCAAAAGAUGAUGUGCAAAUAGAGAUACUGGGGUGCAAAUUAGCAAAAUAAAUAACAAUAUGGGGAUGAGGUAGUUGGGUGUGCUAAUUUCAGAAUGGCUGUGUACAGGUGCAGUGAUCGGUAAGCUGCUCUGACAACUGAUGCUUAAAGUUAGUGAGGGAGAUAAGUGUCUCCAGCUUCAGAGAUUUUUGCAGUUCGUUCCAGUCAUUGGCAGCAGAGAACUGGAAGGAUUGGCGGCCAAAGGAGGUGUUGGCUUUGGGGAUGACCAGUGAGAUAUACCUGCUGGAGUGCAUACUACGGGUGGGUGUUGCUAUGGUGACCAAUGAGCUAAAAUAAGGCGGGGAUUUGCCUAGCAGUGAUUUAUAGAUCACCUGGAGCCAGUGGGUUUGGCGACAAAUAUGUAGUGAGGUCACAAUGGUGGGUAGUAUAUGGGGCUUUGGUGACAAAACGGAUUGCACUGUGAUAGACUACAUCCAAUUUGCUGAGUAGAGUGUUGGAGGCUAUUUUGUAAAUUACAUCGCCGAAGUCAAGGAUCGGUAGGAUAGUCAGUUUUACGAGGGCAUGUUUGGCAGCAUGAGUGAAGGAGGCUUUGUUGCAAAAUAGGAAGCCGAUUCUAGAUUUAACUUUGGAUUGGAGAUGCUUAAUGUGAGUCUGGAAGGAGAGUUACGGUCUAACCAGACACCUAGGUAUUUGUAGUUGUCCACAUAUUCUAAGUCAGAAUAUUCGGGUAGGUAACGUUCUCCUGGCAUCCGCCAAACCCAGAUUCGUCCAUCGGACUGCCAGAUGGUGAAGCGUAAUUCAUCACUCCAGAGAACGUGUUUCCAUUGCUCCGAUUUUUACACCUCUCCAGCCGACGGUUGGCAUUGCGCAUGGUGAUCUUAGGCUUGUGUGCGGCUGCUCGGCAUGGAAACCCAUUUCGUGAAGCUCCUGACAAACAGUUCUUGUGCUGACGUUGCUUCCAGAGGCAGUUUGGAAUUACAAACGAGGACAGGCGAUUUUUACGCGCUAUGCGCUUCAGUACUCGGAGGUCCCGUUAUGUGAACUUGUGUGGCCUACCACUUCGACACUGAGCCGUUGUUGCUCCUAGACAUUUACACUUCACAAUAACAGCACUUACAGUUGACCGGGGCAGCUAUAGCAGGGCAGAAAUUGGACAAACUGACUUGUUGGAAAGGUGGCAUCCCAUGACGGUGCAACGUUGAAAGUCACUGAGCUCUUUAGUACGGCCAUUCUACUACCAAUGUUUGUCUAUGGAGAUUGCAUGGCUGUGUGCUCGAUUUUAUACACCUGUCAGCAACAGGUGUGGCUGAAAUAGCUGAAUCCACAAAUUUGAAGGCUUGUCCACAUACUUUUGGACAUGUUGUGUAUUGUUUUAUUUUCUGUUAGCCACUGUUAGCUGAACUUGCCCUGAUUAGGAUCUUGCUAUAACUAUCAACAACUGCAAGGAGAAACACGCCUGUGCCCUUGUGAAAAGCAGACUUCCUUUCAAUCUUGCCAAUAAACUGUUUUGUGUUUAUGUAGAUGAAAGCAGCACGAGCCAAGUUCACUUUCCAGGCUCAGUCACCCAAGUGAGUUAUAAUGCCUACUGAUCGCCUGCAAACAGUUUUCUCUCUCACACAUCCAUUGACCGAUAUUGUCAGUAAAAAGAAGCACACACUGUAAUUAUAUCACAUUUAGGGCGGCCAAAUGUAAUUGGACCAAACUGUUUUUCUCAGCAAGCCCAAUAGCGUAAAUGUUAACAUAGAGUUACUAGAAACAAACCCUUGUAACAGAGGAUUACAAAAAAGCAGACCUCUUCCUUUAAUCUAAUGGAUGUCUUUCAUACCAUAGUCUGACCUUUCUUCUCCUCUUCCUAGGGAACUGUCUCUACAGAAGGGGGACAUAGUUUACAUCCACCGGCAGGUAGACACCAACUGGUUUGAAGGAGAGCAUCAUGGGAGAGCCGGUAUCUUCCCCACAACCUAUGUGGAGGUUGGUGUGCAUCCAUCUAACUUCUGAGCGUGGAUCUUAUAUGAAGUGCUCCACUUGUCAUUCUGAACCUCACCCGUCUCUAAUUUCUGCCCCCAGAUUGUCCCUCCUACAGAGAAGCCCACGCCCAUCAAGUCUCCAACCAUCCAGGUGCUGGAUUAUGGAGAGGCAGUGGCUCUGUUCACCUUCACUGCAGACCUGCCUGUUGAGCUGUCCUUCCGCAAAGUGAGCAUCCUACUAUGUACUCUCUAUUCAAUCUUUAGCCCGCUAAUACUUAUAUCUUUAGGACGUUGAUUCUCAUUUCCAAUCUUUAAUCAUUUACAGUAUUGUACCUAUACCGUAUUUCUCACAUUGCGUGGGUUUAAUUCACUGAGACACCCUGCAACAUUAGAUAGAUAUUGACAACAGAGUUUCCCCUAUAAAACCACUUCCCCAGCAGUGGUGGAAAGGGUAGCGGUUCCCAUAGACUUCCAGUCAAUGAGCCAACGACUAUUUAAAAGCGUGUCACGGCAGAAAUAUACAGUGCCUCCAGAAAGUAUUCAGACCCCUUGACUUUUUCCACCUUUUGUUACGUUACAGCCUUAUUCUAAAAUGUAUUAAAUAAAAAAUGUUCCUCAGCAAUCUACACUUAAUACCCCAUAACGAUAAAGAGAAAACAGGUUUUUAGAAAUUUAAAAAAUAACAAAUAAAAAAUACGUAUUUACAUAAGUAUUCAGACCCUUUGCUACGAGACUCGAAAUUGAGCACAUGUGCAUCCUGUUUCCAUUGAUCAUCAUUGAGAUGUUUCUACAACUUGAUUGGAGUCCACCGGUGGUAAAUUCAAUUGAUUGGACAUGAUUUGGAAAGGCACACUCCUGUCUCCCGGUCCCACAGUUGACACUGCAUGUCAGAGCAACUACCAAGCCAUGAGGUCGAAAGAAUUGUCCGUAGAGCUCUGAGACAGGAUUGUAGGCCACCGCUGCUAAAUGGAUAGAGGGGAAACACUGGACGACUACUGUACCUGAGAUCUGAAUUAAGUGAGAGUUAUGGUACUUAUGUCAUGAACCAUAUCUGUGCUCCCCUCUCUGUCUCAGGGCGAGGUGAUCUGUGUGACCAGGCGUGUGGAUGACAGGUGGCUGGAGGGACGGAUCCCAGGGACCAGCCGGAGUGGCAUCUUCCCCACCAACUACGUCCAGGUUAACAAGUUACCCCGCACCAAAUCAUCCUCGGAUGACUACCCAGCAUGCCCCAUGUCACCCACAUCCCCAGAACCAAUGAGUCCAGGACGCCCUCUACACUCACCUUGCUCGCCUUUGACCCGCUCGCCUCUGAGUCUGACCCCCUCCUCCCGCAGCCCUGAACCAGGAUACUCCCCCCUGAAGCUGUCCUCACCCAUACCCCAUGGGACAGUAGCCUCCCAUUCACGUUCAUCCCCCCAGCCCUCUCUAUCCAAAAAAGCACCCAGUCACUGGCCACACCCCACUUCUGGGCCUGCCUUCCCCACCCCCCAGAAUAACCACUGGGGAGGAGCACACCCGGCUUUGCACAACUCCACUGGCAGAGCUGUUUCACCAUCCAAUCAGAUAUCACCAUCUGCCCACAGGGGAGGAGCAGCCCUGACCAAUACCCCCAAACCACAAACGACCAACAAUGCUGGCUCAACAGUGGUGCAGCACCAACCGUGAGUAAAAAAUUGUAAUCAAUCAAAAUGUGAUUUUAUAUAACGUGAUUGAGGUACUGUCUCAUCUCAUUCUUCAUUGCCACAGUCUAUUAAUCUGGCCCUUAAUCAAAUCCAAAACCCUGGCCUGUGCUCUCUCACUCAGAUACAAGGCAGUUUACAACUACAAACCACAGAACAAAGAUGAGCUGGAACUGAGAGAGGGGGACAUAGUACAAGUGAUGGAGAAGUGUGAUGAUGGCUGGUUUGUAGGUAAGGAAUUUAUACAAACCUUACGUUCAGAAGACAAAUUAAGUGCGCCCUCUAUUGGGCAUCACAUGACAUUACAGGUAUGAAUUUAGAUGACUCAUUUUCUUACAGUAUUUGUAGGAUGUACAGUAUGAGAAAACAACCAUUUGGUUUAUUAUGUGCUCUGCUCUUUCCUUAGGUACGUCAAAAAGGACACAUGCCUUUGGGACUUUCCCAGGGAACUAUGUGACACCAGUGUAACUGCUUCACUCUGCCUGUCCACUCCACCACCACCUGUGGACAUAUUUAGACCAGCUUGCUUUAACCAGCACAUCAGAUCACUCCAGCAGCCGUAUGAUCAACUCCUGACCCCAACACCCCCUGUCCUCCCCCUUUCACCAACCUGGUUAAGUCAGGUCUGCAUGUUCACGUCAGCCAGUGACCACAGCUGUUGGCCAGUGUGGAGCUGGAGGUAGGAACACCGUGUGGUUUGACACCUCAUCCCCAGCAUGUGUGUUCCAUCACUGAAUAGACUUGGAGUUUUCACAGACACUGCUUGAAUGGAUAGAAUGAAUGCUGAUGAUGAUAGUGUUCCAGGUGUAAAGAAAUAACUUUGUCCUCAUUGACUACAAUCAUUUAUUAUGGUGACAACUCAAAUGACAUUCCUUCAGCACAGUUGAGCUACUGCCUUUAUACAGCAAUGGACCUCCUGCAAUCCUCUUACGGAGUGUUCUCCUUAGCACAUACCUACUCCUCUUUCUGUCACCCAAGUGCCAUCACAGACACAAAUGCCUGAGAAUAUCAUUAGUGUGACGUUCUCUAUAACGAAAUGACAAUGAAUGUUGCCUUUGAAAUGUCUUCCUCCACUUUGAUUUCAGAUCUAUAAAAACGUCCUGUGUGAGUCCAAGGCUACAGAACUGAUAUGUCCGUCCAAUAUACAUGAAGGGAUCACUUACACUAUUACUUUGAACAAUGCCAUAAAAUAUUUGUUGCUUAGUUGCAAAAUAGUUUUGCUGAUUCUCCAUUUGUUAAAGACUGUAUAAGUACUGUAUGCAGCAGAUAAAAACAAUGUAUUAAUGUCCUUCAGUGUGUUAUUGUUAGCUACUUACGUAUUUAAUGAAGCACAAUGAUUCAGCCAGCCAGUUGUGCAGUUUGUAUUUCUGUUGAGAACAGAGGAAGUGUUGAGUGUCAAAGUGGAAGUUGAAUAAAAUGGUGGAGAAGAGAAGAGGAGGUAUCUUUACAAAAUAUGUUGGCAUAACCCCCAAGUGAAUGCAACAUGGAAAGUCUUGACAAAACAGAAGUGGAGCUACAUCAAUUGUAUCAAUUCAGUGGAACCUCUGGCAUUUUUAGGUCGUGAUUCAUGGGAUAACAAAGAGAGAUGCCUCACUUUGCUUCACUUUGGAGCACAGUUCUUUUCUAAAACUAGAAUCCUACUUGUCAACUACAACAUCAAAACCCACAAUGGUGUUCAAACA